UUGCAGGGUAUCUCGUGAAAAAAAAAAAAAAGGCUCACAAGCCAAGAAAGCUUAUAGCUUUGCAACCAUUUCACCACCUUCAGUUACAUUCAAUCACACAUUUGCUAAAUCUUCCAUUGAAUCUAGACACCUUUACUUCCCCUUCUUCAUCUGCAAAAAAAGAAGAGAAAGCUAAGGAGCUUCAAUGGAUUCAUGUUGUGUAGCUUUUAAACCCAAUUCUCCUUUAUUGAAUACAAGAAAUGGCUAUGGCUAUGGCAAUGGAGAUAUUAAAAAUACAUUUUUAGGGGAAAGAACAAGAGGGAGUGUUUGGUUCAAUCAGCUCUCAAACACAUUGAGAGGUGAUGAUAAGAAGGAAAAUAAGAUCAAAUCUGGUGUUUUUGCUGUUCUUACAUCAAAUACACCAAGGGAAGCUGUGACAUUGAAACCACGUCGGUUUGAAAGACCAAGAGUUGACCCCAAAAAUGUAGCUUCUAUCAUAUUAGGAGGUGGUGCAGGGACUCAUCUUUUUCCACUUACUAAAAGGGCUGCUACACCUGCUGUUCCGGUCGGAGGAUGUUAUAAGCUGAUUGAUAUUCCAAUGAGUAAUUGUAUCAAUAGUGGGAUCAACAAGAUUUUUGUUUUGACUCAGUUCAAUUCAGCAUCCCUUAAUCGUCACCUUGCUCGUACAUAUUACGGCAAUGGCAUCAGUUUUGGAGAUGGUUUUGUCGAGGUUCUGGCGGCGACUCAAACAUCGGGAGAAGCAGGGAAGAAAUGGUUCCAAGGAACCGCAGAUGCUGUGAGACAAUUCAUUUGGUUAUUUGAGGAUGCAAAGAAUAGGGAUAUCGAGAAUAUACUGAUCUUGUGCGGUGAUCAUCUUUAUCGAAUGGAUUAUAUGGAGUUUCUACAGAGUCACGUUGACAAUAAUGCUGAUAUUACAAUCUCGUGUGUGCCAGUGGACAACAGCCGUGCAUCGGAUUAUGGACUGGUGAAGAUGGAUGGAAGGGGUCGUAUUGUCCAGUUUGCUGAAAAACCAAAGGGUGCUGAUUUGAAAGCAAUGCAAACUGAUACCACGCUUCUCGGGUUGUCUCCCCAAGAAGCUAUGAGAUCACCUUACAUUGCAUCGAUGGGAGUUUACGUAUUUAGGACAGAUGUGUUAUUAAAGCUUCUAAGAUGGAGAUAUCCGGCUUCAAACGACUUCGGGUCCGAAAUCAUUCCUGCUGCUGUCAUGGAGCAUGAUGUCCAGGCAUAUAUUUUCAAAGACUACUGGGAAGAUAUCGGAACGAUUAGAUCAUUUUAUGAAGCCAAUUUGGCCCUCACUGAAGAGUUUCCGAAAUUCGAGUUUUAUGACCCAAAGACACCUUUCUAUACAUCUCCGCGUUACUUACCACCAACCAAAAUUGACAAAUGCAGGAUUAAAGAUGCAAUAAUCUCCCAUGGAUGCUUCUUACGAGAAUGCAGUGUCCAACACUCGAUAGUCGGUGAACGCUCGCGUUUGGACUAUGGUGUUGAGCUUCAGGACACGGUAAUGUUGGGAGCAGACUAUUACCAAACUGAACCCGAAAUUGCUUCUCUAUUGGCAGAGGGUAAGGUCCCGAUCGGAAUUGGACGCAAUAGUAAAAUCAGGAACUGCAUUAUUGACAAGAAUGCUAAGAUUGGAAAAGAUGUGGUCAUUGUGAACAAAGAUGGUGUUGAAGAAGCAGAUAGACCAGAAGAAGGAUUUUACAUAAGGUCAGGUUUAACCAUCAUAAUGGAGAAGGCAACCAUAGCAGACGGCACAGUUAUAUAAAAAUGGGGGACCUUAAAAAUGACAUCCAUGGGGGCAGCUUUGAAGAUCGGAAUUCGAGUUGCGAAAAAAGCAACCGAUGAAGAUUGAAUUCGAGUCUGAAUGUUGGAUAUGGCGGCAUGCUUUACAUGCAGCAUUUGCCUUUGAAGAAAAGGAAAUGAAAGCUGCAACUUAUUAUGUAAAUUACAAGUUCUUUUAUGUAGUGUAAAAUAUGGUUCUCAUAGAAAUAAGUUCAAGACAAUAAGAUGGCUAGCGCUUUAGCAGCCCUUGUUCCCUUUUUAUUAGUAGAGUAAUAAUAUAUCUUUUGAGAGACUAAAA